GAUACCGAACCCCUAACAUUGCUCCUACCCCAUCGGCAGGUUCUUCUGAAACCUUAGUUCCUCCGCUGUCAUAUAUCGUGUCACUUUGACAUUUUGGCGAAAGCCACCAAAAUAUUUUGUUUUGUGUUUGUGAGUUCGCAGCUGUUCGUUCGUUAUAAUAUUUUUAUGUAAUAUUUUAGCAAUAUUAUAACUUUAAUUAAGUCAGUAUAGACUCAUCGCGGCUUUUUGCCGCACGUCUAGAGAAAUCUCUAAAAGUGAUGUGUUAAUGUUAUUUGUGGAAGGCCAAGACCUAUUUUUCAAGAUUUUCAUCUGACGAACAAUGGGAAAUCAGCUGGUGGGUGUAGCUCCGUCCCAGAUUUAUCCCGUGGAGCAUUAUCUAAGUGACCAUGUUGACCUGAAAUUCGAUCAAAGCCUCGGCUCCACUCGAUUCCUGAAGGUAGCCCGGGCCCGUUCCCAGGAAGGCCUGGUGGUGGUAAAGGUGUUUGCGGUACAUGACCCAUCGCUACCUCUAGCUGAACACAAAGAGAGGAUUCUUAAGAUUAAGGAGCAGCUUGCUUCUGCAUUUAACUGUUUACCAUUCCAAAGAGUCAUAUUAACAGACAAAGCUGGCCUGUUAAUGCGAGAAUACUGCAAAUGCAGUGUAUAUGAUCGCAUGUCGACUAGGCCAUUCCUGACAGUGUUGGAGAAGAAAUGGAUCACAUUCCAAGUGUUAUAUGCUCUCCAUCGCAUGCACAAGCUGGGCAUUUGUCAUGGAGAUAUUAAGCUUGAGAACAUAAUGGUGACAUCAUGGCUAUGGGUGCUCCUCACCGACAUAGCGUCGUUCAAGCCGACCUUCCUGCCUGACGACAACCCGGCCGACUUCAGCUAUUUUUUCGACACGUCGCGCCGUAGACUGUGCUAUGUCGCGCCGGAGAGAUUCGUUAGGGCGCCUGAUCCUAACAACAGGCCUGUGGGCGAUGACAGAUCUGGUGGAUUACUCUUGAGCGAAUCACCUUGCAAAGUCGGAGAACUUGUCCCCAGCAUGGACAUAUUUUCUGCUGGCUGCGCUCUCCUAGAGCUCUGGAACGACGGCACUCCAGCAUUGGACUUGCCUGGUCUACUGGCCUAUCGCAACGGCGAAGACCGACCACCUACUAUGACGCUACCGGACGGCCAUGAUCCUAGACUAAGGGCCUUAUUGCAUUCGAUGACUGAACGGAACCCAAGGGACAGAAGAAGCGCUGAGUUGUAUUUGGAUGAUGCCAGGGGCAACCUAUUCCCAGAAUACUUCUACUCGUUCCUCCAAUCAUACAUGCUGAUAUUCUCCGCGCAACCAAUCCUGCCAGCGGACGAGAAAAUUCUACGAAUACACCAAGACAUUAAAAACAUCAUCAAAAUAUUCACCCAACCUUCAGACACCAAGAACUACAAAGACCUAGUCGAAGAGACAACUGAGAAACAGACCGAUAUAGAAGCUUUGAAAAAAGACAGUUUUAAAGUGAUGACCUUGAAUAAAACUGAUGAAGAAGAAGAUGAAUUAGACGAUGUGGUACACCAGGACAGUGAGGGGUUGAUUCUAAUUACGUCAUUAGUGACGUCAUGUAUAAGGGGGUUGCAUCAUUGCACGUCGAAGUUGUACGCGUUGGAGAUUCUCCAGUUGUUGUGCGAAAAUUCCAGUUCGGAGACCAUAUUGGAUCGAAUAUUGCCUUAUGUGAUACACCUCUCCCACGAUAGUCUAUCCCGCGUCCGCGCCGCCGGCGUGCAAGCGGCCACCCGCUGCGUCCGUCUCGCUCGCACACUGCCCCCCCCAGACUGCAACGUGUUCCCCGAGUACAUACUGCCGGAGCUAGCGCCCAGGGCCACCGACCCCGCCUUGUCUGUCAGAAUAGCGUACGCAAACAACAUUGCAAAAUUAGCGGAGACGGCAGUGCGGUUCCUAGACCAGACACAAAACAUGGUGGACAAAGAAGCGGCCAAAAUAAACUACGAGACGGAACUGUCUGCCUUACACGAGAUGGUCCGUUCCACAGUGUCCUAUUUAUUGACGGAUGCGCAAGCGGUGGUCAAGCGAGCGUUGGUCGACAACGGCAUCACCAAGUUGUGCAUAUUCUUCGGAAAGCAGAAAGCAAACGACGUAAUACUAUCUCACAUGGUGACAUUUCUGAAUGACAAAGAGGAGGUGGCUUUGCGUGGUUGCUUUUUCGAGCGAGUGGUUGGCGUCGCUUCUUAUGUGGGACAACACGCCGCGCCUAUUCUAGUACCAUUAUUACAACAGGGCUUAACCGACCAAUCAGAAUGGAUCAUAGCUAAAGCGCUACGGGCUACCAGUAGCCUGGCCGAGUUAGGAUUGCUUCCCAAACAGUCGCUAUGUGACCUUGUGGCCGAAAGCGCUGUAUACCUCGCUCAUCCUAACUUGUGGAUAAGACACGAAGUCUGCGGUCUUGUCUCGUGUGUAGCGAGUUUAUUGAACCCUAUUGACGUGAACUGCAAAAUAUUGCCGUUGGUGUGGCCGCACCUCAAACACAAGCUUAUACAGGUGGAACGAGCAGAAUUGCUGUUGGAAAGCUUAGCGGAGCCGAUACCGAGGAAAGUCCUGGAUGCUGUGCUCCGGCACGGCGACGUGGACCGGCUGGUGCACACUCUCAGGGAGAGGCGGAACACCAGGAUCAAGGCUAAACAAGGGUCGAUGCCGCAAUACUCUGAAAUGGGACAGCAAAUGAGGAAUCUGUUCCGACGGCUGGCUUCCGAUGGUAUGACUGAGCACGUAGAGAAUCAACUGUUGGCGAUGAGCGCGCAUCUUAUUAAAAUACAAGGAUCUUCAACUCAGCAUAUAACAGAAGCACCCGGCCGCCUCAUCCUAUCUCACACGGGCAUAUCGAAGUCCGUGCCUUUGGUCUCGACCACAGACAAUAUCAACGACAAAUUGUACGCCUCCACACAGAACAGACGAACUACAAAAACGUCAGUGUCGCACGAGAGCCACAUGAACACGGAAUGGCAGCACAUGUUUGGACACUCGCAUGAACAGCACAGCAUGAGAGCGCAUCCAGACGCUUCUGUGUCGCAAGUUGGUGUGAUGCAGACCACAGUGCAGCAAUCCAUGUCAGUACAACCAGAACAUUCGAUGGGCCAGAGUCUGGGAUAUGUGCAAUAUAGCAUGGCUCCGUGCCGCGUGGAGUUAAGGAACCUCACUGGACGGAUGCAACAGAAAUUCCAGAAAUCUUUACGGAGCAAUGAAGAAUGCAACGACAACGGAGAAGACAUGGCGCCGCCCGCGUCGUGGCGACCCGGCAACCAGCUUUUAGCUUACCUUCACGAACACAAAGCUCGGGUGAACCAACUAGUAACGCUUCCCGCCCAGAGAAAUCUGUUUGGAUCGUGUUCCGACGAUGGAACCGUGAAACUAUGGGACGCAACCAAACUGCAGGGGCACGCUUAUGUCAAUAGAUCAAAAUCGAUGUACAAUCGAGCUGCGGGGCCAGUGAUAUCGCUGGCGUCUUGCGAGGGGGGACAAUCGUUAGUGGCCGCGACACAGGAGGGCUCCAUUUUUGUGCUUAGACAAAGCGGCUCGUCACGCAUGACAUUAUCCCAAUGCCGGCAGCUGGAGGAGGGCGGGUGUGUCGCGUGCGCGUGCGCAGGUGGUGUGCACGCGGGCGUGAUCUCGUACGCGACGCUGAGGGCCAGCAUCGUGGGCUGGGACUUGAGGGCCCCUGGUAAUGCGUGGAAGCUUCAAGGUGACCUCAAGCAAGGCGUCUACACGUGUCUAUACGCGGAUAGUUCUGGAUAUUUGGCUGUGGGCACUUCGAGUGGCGCCAUCUGUGUGUGGGACCUGAGGUUCCAACUGCCCGUCAGCUCUGUGAGGCAUCCUAAUUCGGAACGGGUUCGCCGCAUCAUAGGUUUCGGCGGGCGCACGUCCAAAGUGUGGGUGGUGGGGGGGCGGGACAGCGGCGCCUGGUGCCUGGAGUCCACGCAGCGGACCCACGCCCUGUGGCCGUGCACCAACUCCCCACAGCCUCUACACUACUCCGCACCGGCUUCUCACUAUAUGAGCGCCGCUUACUGCGGCUCCCGCGCCGGCUCCAGGUUCCUCAUCACCGGGGGCUCCGACCAGCGCCUGAGGCACUGGGACCUGGAGCACCCGGAGGACUCAUAUAUACUGCUGCACGCGCCCGGGGACCAGCUCAGAUACUCGCUCAAUGCUGUCAAAUAUAGGAGCCGGAUAAUAGACGGCACGACAGUGAUCCAAGAGUGCUGCAAACUGAACCCCAGUGCGCCCGCGCCGCUGAUCGAAGACAACGUAUACAGAACAGUGGAGUCGCGCUCUUUCUACCACACUGCUCCGAUCACAGACGUCACUAUGGUCGAAGGCGCGAAGCAUUAUUUAGUGAGUGCGGCGGCAGAUGGCGUUAUUAACGUUUGGAAGUGAAAUUCCAAUUUCGAAAUUGGAACACUGUUAUGGUUCGUAAUUUUUUAAAUGAACAUUUUUUGUAGUCAUGAAAAAUUAAAGUGAUGUGAUUAUUAUGUAGAACAGCCGUCAAGACUUUUUAUCCCUUAAUCGCCUCGUACAACAUUCUCGAUAGGCAGUGUUACUAUUCAAAAUCAAUCUACCACUGCAAGUAGGAAGAACAGUGGAAUUUCACAAAUUUAUGGCAAUUUAUGCUUCGGAAAAUUGCAUAAUUUACGUUUGGAAUAGCAUAACAAAAGAAAAAAUGCAUUUUAUCAUAGCCAAUAUUGUUGAUUUGUGUAGUUAGCUUUCAUAUAUGUUACAUAUAUAUUUUAUUAGAUUUAAUUAUAUGUUAGCUAUAAUUAUUUGCCCACUGUGAUGUUAUAUUCUUAUAUAAUAUUAUUGUUAGAUAAGUUACGGAAGUAAGUGUAUAGUUCUUUUCACUCAAGUUCCUUAUAUUUUUGUGAUAAAUCUAAAAUUAACACUUUUUUUCUAUUAUUUUAACUUGCUGCUGUUGCUUCAGUUGAAAUUUCGAUAUAGAGGUUAUAAUUGAUAUUAAUAAAUAAAAAAUAAAUUGGCUACAUAAUUGACUGAGUAAAAGAAUAAAAACAUAAACAAUAAUUACAUAAUAUAGGUAUUUAAAUAACCAUACACAAUUAUUAAAUGUCACUUUCAUUUAACAGUUUUAAUAAUAACGAAAUUUACUAAAUAUUGUUUUAAUCUCAUAAAAAGAAAGCAUUUUGACUCCAAAAAUCGUAACGCCAAAGUAUAUCAAAUACUUUUUCUAAUGUCAAAAACAAAAAAUAUAUGAAGCUUGUAUUAAAUAAGACAGUAAUGUAUUAAUAAUUAGAAAAAAGUAUCUGAUUUGACUAGUUAGAAAUUAGCCAAUUUUUAAGAAGAGGAAAGUGUUUUAUUAUUUAAUGCCAAAACGGGCAAUGAUUUAAGGUGCCUCAAAUGAUUUUUUAUUUUGAUUUAAUGUGCAAAUAUAUAUAUAUAUAUAUAUAUAUAUAUAUUGAUUACUAUCAACAUUUCUAAUCCAACACUUGUUACUAUAAAUAAAGAAAAAAUAAGUAUAACCUACAUUAUCGGCUUCCUUAAUACCUAUCCUUUUGUUUUAUUUUUUAUACUUUUGCCAUUUCCUGUUUGGUCCCAUCCCAUUAACUGUUAUUAUUGUUAACUUAUGUUGUGCAAUAAAGUUUAAAUAAAUACUUCAAUAUCUAUAUCGAAAUAUAUGUUCUAAAAAUCGAUGUCUUGAACAUUACGAAUUAAUUUGCAAUGUGUUAAUUUCGAUAAAAAGAUCUGUCACUUGUGUUACAAGAUUAUACAUUUGUUGAAAUAUUAAAAUAAUGGCGCCCUAAUGUCGCUUCGCCUCUAAUAAAUUGUGUUGGGUUAGUAUUGUAAAUGAAACGACUGAAGCUAUUAUAAAUUAAUAUUUUAUUGUAAUUGUAUCAUUAAUCUUAUUCAUAAUGCAUGUACAUAAGAAAUUAUUUUCAAUAAAAAAAAACUAUUAUAAC